CAGGGGCGGUGGUGCGGCUCCGGGGGAGCCUGGCGGGUCAUCUAGCGCGUGUUGGAGGGGCUGCUGCGCCUUGGUGUCCGAUGCCUGGGCACCCCUGGAUGUGUCUCCGAGGGCCGCUAAGGCAACUUCUGCGUCGGGAUGAGCGACUCCUGGACACCUGGCAGGAACUCCAACAUGACCAGGAAGAUCUUCACGAACACCAGGGAGCGGUGGAGGCAGCAGAACGUCAACAGUGCUUUUGCCAAGCUGAGGAAGCUCAUCCCCACUCACCCUCCCGACAAGAAGCUGAGCAAAAACGAAACGCUUCGCCUGGCGAUGAGGUACAUCAACUUCCUGGUGAAGGUCUUGGGGGAGCAAAGCCUACAGCAAACGGGAGUGGCUGCUCCGGGAAAUAUUCUGGGCCUCUUCCCCCAAGAACCCCACCUGCCGGACGGGACUCUCCUUGGUGAUUACCAGGUUCCAUCAUCCGGCCCAAGCCACCACAUUCCGUAGUGGGGCUCUGGCUGUCGUCACCCCAGGCAGCACUGGUUCAGAAGUAACUAGCUGUCGACAGCCUUUUGCAUGUUCCAGAGUCAACCUGAUGAAUAAUUUAUGAGGCAUGAAUUGAAGCUUCAUAGGAGGUGGCUCAGGGUUGGCUUCAGGAUGCUGAAAGGAGACCAUGAGGAACGUGGCUUGGGCGUCUGUCACCCCCUACCCCCAGGGCUUCAGUCAGAUCAGCCUGUCUCUGUCUAUGUUAUAAAUCUGGGUUCUGCAUAAGAUGUUGUUUGAAAAAAAAAAAAAAAGACCCUUAGGUUAAAAACUGGUUUGAAAAUCACUGUUUUACUCAGUAUGUUUUCAGUUAUAAGAAAGUUUUCUCAAAAUGGAUCUCAGAUGGAUGAGUAGAAAAUGCUUUUCCCUCCGAACAUAUUUUAAAGUUUGUUUUGAAAAAUGAGGCAUAUUUGAUCAAGGGUGAACAACGUAAGACAAAUGAAAAGAUAGCCCUUGCAGAAACCAACCUGGAGACUUGCAGGAACGUCUGUGAAGAAAAGACCCUCCUGACAUGUGAGGACCACAGGAAGGCAGCAGAUACCUGUGGAAGAGCUCUGCAUCCUUUAUCUCUAUGGACGUGUGAGGUGUCACUUGCAUAGGGCUGUGUAUGUAUAUGUUGUCUCUAAAGCCAAAUGGUGGAUUAUACCUGUGAGAGGAAAGGACUUGAUAAUUUACGAGAGUUCAUAGUUUUCUUAUGAAAAACAGCUAGCUAAAAUAGGUUUUCUAACCCCUUAGUUUCACAUGUCAGGUAUCAAAACUUUUAAUUUAGCCUGGGUUUCUGCUGACUUAAGAACUGUAAAAUCU